AUGCUGAAGAACAACAGCAGUUACGAGAAAAAUUUUAUUCAACAAAGAUGCGCUAAGGCCGCUUCUGCAUUCAGCUCCUUGACGAAGUAUUUGUGGUCGACUCCUAUUGCUCGCGAAGUUAAGCUGCGAAUCUACUUAUCCGCUAUUAGCCUCAUCAUGAUGAAUAGAUCGGAGACUUGGGCGGCAAAGCCCACAGUGAUGGCAGAAAUCGACUGUGUGGAAAGAAAGCUGCUUUGCUACUUUUGGCCUAGGAAUGUCACAAUGAAGAUCUUUACGCGGAAGCAGGUGUGGUGUACCGGCGGAUGGCACGAGGAAAGUAUCAACAUCUGA